CUCCGGGCGGGCUGCGCGCACGCGGUCCCGGCGCCCAGGCGGAGGGAGGGAGCCCGAGCCCCGCGCCCCGCCGGCCCCGCGAUGCCCCGCAGCCUGCACGCCGCCGCCGCCGUGCUCCUGCUGCUGUGCUCGCGCCCCCGGCCCGCGCGCCCAGCCCCGCCCCACGGAUCCAAGUGGAGCUAUUUUGGUCCCAAUGGGGAGAAGAGCUGGUCUGAGAAGUACCCGUCAUGUGGGGGUGUGCUGCAGUCCCCAAUAGACCUGCACAAUGACAUCCUCCAGUACGACGCCAGCCUUGUACCCCUUGGGUUCCAGGGCUACAACGUUUCUGCCAAUGAGCAGUUUAUCCUGACCAACGAUGGCCAUUCAGUGAGGCUGAACCUGGUCCCGGACAUGCACAUCCAGGGCCUCCGGUCCCGCUACACGGCCACCCAGCUGCACCUCCACUGGGGGAACCAGAAUGACCCUCACGGCUCCGAGCACACCGUCGCUGGGAAGCACUUUGCUGCUGAGCUGCAUAUCGUCCAUUAUAACUCGGACCUGUACCCCAACGCCAGCGCCGCUAGUAACAAGUCAGAGGGCCUUGCCGUCCUAGCUGUUCUCAUAGAGAUGGGCUCCUUCAAUCCAUCAUAUGACAAGAUCUUCAGGCACCUUCAAGAUGUAAGAUACAAAGGCCAAGAAGUGCUCAUUCCAGGGUUCAGCAUUGAAGAGCUGCUUCCUGAGAGGCCUGAAGAGUACUACCGCUACAAAGGGUCCCUGACCACACCUCCUUGCCACCCCACAGUGCUCUGGACAGUUUUCCGGAACCCUGUGCAAAUUUCCCAGGAGCAGCUGCUGGCUUUGGAGACUGCUCUGUACUACACAUAUGUGGAUGACCCAUCCCCUAGAGAAAUGGUCAACAACUUCCGGCGGGUUCAGAAGUUUGAUGAGAGGCAAGUGUACACCUCUUUCCGACAAGUGCAAGACCUAACAUACGCAGGACUGAGUCUGGGCAUCAUCCUCUCCGUGGUCCUGGCUGGCGUUCUUGGCAUCUGUGUUGUCCUGGCAGUGUCCAUUUGGCUUUUCAAAAGAAAGAAGAGUAGCAAAAAAGGUGACAACAAAGGAGUCAUUUACAAGCCAGCCAUCAAGAAGGAGACUGAAGCCCAUGCCUGAGGCCUCAGAACUCCCAGGCACAUCCAAGCAAGAACUUUGCUUUGCACACUACACACUGUGGCUCCCUAGACAUUUGAAAUACCUGAGGGUUGCCUGAAGGUCAACCCACAAAUGCUCCAGACCCAUGCAGGACCUCUAGGUGGAUACCCUGCCAUCCUGAUGCCACAGUCACUGCCAGGAUAAUGUGUGGAUGGGAAGAACUCACCAAUGAGGCAGGAACUCUAAGCUGUCUGCUUCAUCUGUGUGAGACCAUUAAGUUGUCUGGAUUCUAGGGGCACAAAUUCAAGUCAUCCACUGGGGGCUGUUACAGGUCAGAAAACAUUUUCAUCCAGGGAUUCGCUUUAGUGUGGUUCAAGGAUCCUGGAAAUUCUGCUUCUUGUCCAACAAGCUUUCAGACCAGAACGUGCACUCUCUGUUUAGGUUUUACCUUUGAGGCUCAGUUUCUUUCCUCAGGGAAGGGGUUGUUGUCUUCCUCUGAGUUCAUUCUGCUAUGACAAAACUUUUGGUCUGAUCUUACAACUGGGAGGAAGAAUGAUUCAGAAAGGGUCAAGGUGUAAGAGACCUAAAGAAAACAAAAGACAGUCUUUGAAACACAGUAGAGGCGUCUCCCAAGUCCUGUCCUUUAGAUCAAAUGCACUGAAUGGACCUGAGAGGGAGAGAAGAAGACACAGAAGGGCUGGAGGAAAUCACUCUGAAGUCAGAACUGGAGUCAGAAGUGUGAGGACAGAAUAUUAAACCCAAAGCCAACCUCCUGUCAUGGGGCAGUUAUGCUUUGUACUUCACAGACUUUAUAAUUAGGCUAUUCCUUGAAAAGCAUUGUUGUUUUCUCUCUCCUAGAGUAGACAUGACUUCUGAGAUGACCCAAACUGCGUUUGAACCUAGAGGAAAUAGGCAGAAGCAAAAUGACCGAAGAGCUUGGUCUCUUGCCCAAAGUUCAUGUCUGACACUUCUGUGGGAUCCCUCCUGCCAAUCUGGAAUUGGGAUUACCUACUUCCCUGACCUUGAGGAUGUUCAGGCAUGGCUUGGUUAUAAUCUAUUUUCAAGCUAUGGAAGCAGGAAGCUACCUGUGCAGGGUGAGGGCAUCCUGGUAUUUAGGGAGCAAUAAUAAUGGAAUGUUAACAAAAAUUUUUCAUGGUUUUCCACCCAAGUCACAGUUUCUGAGAAGACUUAACCCUUUCAUGGGUGUAAAAGCCCCAUGGAGGCCAGUUAGUUCCAUGAUUGGGAAGGGGCCUCCACCACUGACCUCAUCCCGCACCUUGCAGUUCACGGAGAACUUCCUGAUUCCUCAUCUCAUUCGGACAGCAUGGAAUAUCCCAUCAAAGCAUGGUUUCUUUAUAGCAUAUUUUUCCUUCUACUCCUCCCUUUGACUCUGAGAAGUCUUCCCCCUUCUCUACCAUCAAGACUUUUUGUAGAGAUGGCAAGCCCCAUGGCUUUGUGGCUAUAGUUUGCUCAACAGAGUUACAAAAGACCUAAUGAACACUCAGAUGUGUGUACACAAAAUCUCUGACAGCCCUGGAGCCUGGGGUGACAUUCCUAGCCUAGCCAUUAGCAUGCCUGAUGCUGAUCAAACGACAACAGGGACAACCCUCAUGACAGAGCAACGUGAAUAAGGUGAUGCUUCCUUGGCCUUGGCCCAAAGUUUCCAAUCAGAAGCCAACCUAAAUCACUCCAGAGCCCUGGAACUGUCCACCUUUUAUGGACAAAUUUUGCAAGAGAACAAUGAGAUCAUUGUAUCUGGCACAGCAGCCGUUCAUAAAAAGUGAGAUUUACUGGGCCAUGAAAACAGUGGCAUUUCUCCUACCCUGUGGCUGAGAUAACGCAAAGCUAGGGAGGCAAGCAGAAGACCAACAAUCAACAGUCAACUUCCUUGCUAAUCGGUAUUGGACUCCUGAGGACCCUGCUUUGGAAUAGGAAGCCUCUGGUCAGGUUCUCAUUCAUUCCACUGACACAGCUGCCACUAAAGGAAAUCAGCACUGUGGCACGUGUGUACCCCCCGGAGGGCCUGGGUGCUGUGCUGGGUGCACAAGUAGAGAUCACAAAAACAAGGCCCAGGUGGGGAAAGGACACAGGAAAGGCCCUGGCUUCUUUGCUUCUCACUAAUGGGAGAGAGCUUGAGUCUCUUUCUUCUGUUUCUUUAGUAUCAUCUGGUACAAAUAGUAAAAACUUAUACCUGUUUCCUUAAUAGACACUCUAGAAUUUCGUUGCAUUGGCUAUUAAUCCCAUUUCAAGUUCAGAUUUUAAAUUCUUCUCCCCUUCACUAAACUCUCUGGAGGCCUCCUGAGCACCACUGGGAAGCACCGGGAUCUGCAGCACCCCUCUGUCCCUGUGCCUCGGAGGGACCAUAGGCCACUGUGACGAUGGUCUGCUUAGCACUUCUGUAUUUAUUAUAAGAAUGAUUGUAAUGAAGACAUAAACUAUAAAUAUGAGAAAUUAUAAAUAAAAUGUUUUUCACAUCAGACUGAA